AUGAAAGCCAUGCACCUGCUCUAUGCGCAUGCAGCAGUCUUUUAUGUAAUCCGCCUAGAAGACAUGGGCAUGGGUCUCUUCCCGCCGGAGUUCAUCGAAAUCUACUGUGAGACCACGGACCAGGUUGAGCGGCGCCCCUUCUCCGAGUUGGUGAUGAACCGUGUGCCCUAUACUCAGCGAGGCUGGUGCAUCGCUGAGGUUCAGUGGAUGAGCGCAAAGAGUGGCAUUCAUGGGUAUGCGCCUCUGACUCCGGCCAUGUUUCAAGAGCGGGUCAAGCGUGGGUUGGAGGAUAAACCAGAUGGGCUGGUAUUGAAGUUCACACAUCGUGAUGAUUUGGAAGCUGUGGUGCGACUUCAAGAAAAGGUGUUUUUGCAGCACUCCCAGAAGCGGAAGAGGCUUCAGGCCCAUGAUCUGCCUUUAAAGGAACUUCAGGUGCUGGCUGAGACACUGCCCAGUUUCGAGAACUUGGAAAUUCUAAGUGUCGUGUUUGAGGAAUCGGUUGAUGUCGAUUUUGAUGCUUGCAUUGCAACGUUAAGAGCAGCCAUUCCACUUUGCAAAGGGCUGCGCACAGCUACGGUUGUGCAGAGGAAGCAGAAAGACGGUAGUUUCCGCAAGGCUGACCUCCUUCAAGCGUGA